AUGGAAGAACAGAUGAAAUGGCCAAAGAAGAAGGGCAAACCUAAGCGUAAUAAAAGAAAAAAGAAGAAGAAACAGAAAGAGAAAGAAGAAGAGAAGCAGGAAAAAGAAAAGAAAGAGGAAGAGUGCCACGUUCUACGAUGGGCCCCUGAGAAAUUCAAGUUGCGUGAUAGCAAAAAAGUUCCUCUGAUUGUAUUUGGUGAGGGCAUGUUUCAACAAAUCCGCCGUUCAUCUAAAAGGCCUUAG